AAACGAAAUAUUUUCAUCAAACAGAUACACGCUGUUGGGGGCCAGCGGAUGUGGCAAGACAACCCUGUUGUCCUGUAUCGUCGGAUUACGUUAUCUCGACAGUGGAGAGAUGUGGGUCUUGGGGGGAUCUCCGGUCAGUGUGGGCUGCGGAAUUCCAGGGCCUCGGGUGGGUUAUAUGCCGCAGGAUACCUCUUUAGUCGAACUGUUUUCUACAAGCGAUGCUCUUUAUUACUUCGGCAGGAUCAAUGGGCUUGACGAUAAGGAGAUCGCAAAUCAGUUGGUGAAGAACAUGAGUGGAGGUCAACGAAGAAGGGUUUCCUUUGUCGCCGCAUUGAUGCAUAAGCCCGAACUUCUAAUUCUCGAUGAACCCACCGUAGGUUUGGACCCAAUUUUGAGAGAAAACAUUUGGGCUUAUCUGAUCAAACUAACACAGGAGGAAAGCACCACCGUAUUGAUGACGACGCAUUAUAUCGAAGAGGUUAAAAAGGCUAAUAAAGUGAGUUGCCAUUAGAUUUGUCUUAAUAAUAUUUACUUAAUAAUAUUUAAAAAUAGCGAAAUUUUGUUUUAAAGAAAGCGCCAAAAAUUUUGGAGAAAUGUUUUUAUUGCUUGGUUUACAUCGUGCACUUGAUACCACGUAUGAAAUAGAGCACUUGAACUAGUCGACCAAUGAGUGAACCAGUUUAUUAGUUGUUACUAUUUGUUAUUCAUAUUAAGCACACGAUGU